AUGAAAGUACAAAAAAAUGGGACAUUUGAAAAGGUAAUUCCAUUUAUAACUGGAAGUCUAUGUCCAUUUGCGAUUGUUGCUAAUGAUUUCAAUGAUGACGGUUCUAUAGAUCUUAUUAUCGCUCAUCGGGGUUCGAAUAAUAUUGCUUUAUUAAUUGGUUUUAAUAACGGAAGUUUUGAAAUAGAAAGAACAUUAUAUACUGGAUUUCAAAGUGAACCAGUUUCACUUGUUGCAAAUGACUAUAAUAAAGACGGUUAUUUAGAUGGAACUGUAAUAAAUUUUGCUUCAGAUAAUAUAGUUCUUUUUAUGGAAAAUAUUGAUAGAUCAUUUGAUACUAUCAUGACAUAUUUUGACAACAUUUGUAUUGAUCCUUUCUCUGCUUUUACUGGUGAUUUGAAUGAUGAUGAUUAUUCUGAUCAUAAUGAUCCUUCUGAUGGAAUAAUUUAUGUUUUAAUUAAUAAUGGUCAAGGUCAUUUUGAUGUAAUAAUGACAUUUUCUGUUAGCCGUAUUAGUGAUCUAUAUGCAAUUUCUAUAGGUGAAUUGAAUGGUGGCCAUAAUUUAGAUCUCGUUAUAGUCAAUGAAAAUUCGAAUAGCAUAGGUGUGAUGUUUGGAAAAGGUAAUGGAAAUUUUGAAGAACAAGUGACAUUUCCCACUGGAUAUUUUAAAUAUUCAAAUAAAACUAUUAUCAAUGAUUUAAAUAAUGAUGGCUACUUGGACAUUAUUUACACUAGUAGUCCAGAACCAAUUGUUGGCAUAUUUAUUGGUACAGAUCGUGGAAUAUUUCGAGAACCAAUUAUAAUACUCACUAUCUACUAUUAUGGUAGUAUUUUAGAUGUAAUUAGUUUACAAGACUUCAAUAAUGAUGACCAAAUAGAUCUUUUUGACAUCAAUGAUGAAACUUAUCAAAGGAGUGAUACAGUAUGA